UUAUUUAUAUACAACAUCACGUCCAAAAUAAGUUACUUCAAGUAACAAAGUUUUGAUAACAAUUCAGUAAAUAUAACGGAGUCACUUAAUUUUUAAAAAUCACUUUCCUGAAAAUUCACUUUUAAGGUUUAACUAUGAUUGGAAAUGAAAACAUGGCAGUUGACUCCAAUUAUAAAUCGGAUGCUUUAAUAUUUCAAUCAUACAAACUAAAUAAAAGAGAUGUCGAAUUUGAACAAGAUAUAUUGAGAAAUCCAAAUUCUGUUAAAUGUUGGAUGAGAUAUAUAGAUAAUUACAAGUUUGGACCAUAUAAUAAAGUAUGUGUUCUAUAUGAACGUUCUCUUAAACAGCUUCCUGGAAGCUAUAAACUUUGGCACAAUUAUUUAAAAAUACGUCGUAAGUAUGCAAAAAAAGCAGAAAAUCCUGAUUAUGAAGAAAUUAACAAUGUAUAUGAACGAUCGUUAGUUUACAUGAAUAAAAUGCCACGCAUUUGGAUUGAAUUUUGCACAUUUAUGCUAAAACAACCCAAACUUACAGUAGCUCGGCGAUUGUUUGAUCGAGCACUUAGAGCUUUACCAAUAACUCAGCAUGUUCGCAUUUGGCCAUUAUAUUUAAAUUUUAUUAAAAGAAAUCAUGAUCCUGAAGUUGCUGUUAAAAUAUAUAGAAGAUACUUAAAGCUAUUUCCAGAAGAUGCAGAAGAUUACAUUGAAUAUCUUACAACUUCUGGUAGAUUAGAUGAAGCUGCUGUUCGUUUAUCUGAAAUAGUAAACAAUGAUACAUUUAUAUCAAAACAUGGUAAAUCAAAACAUCAACUUUGGAAUGAAUUAUGUAAUCUUAUAUCAAAAAAUCCAUUAGAAAUUAAGUCUUUAAAUGUUGAUGCAAUUAUACGUAGUGGACUUAGGCGUUAUACUGAUCAAUUAGGUCAUUUAUGGAAUUCUUUAGCAGAUUACUACAUUCGAAGUGGUUUAUUUGAACGUGCUAGAGAUAUAUAUGAAGAAGCCAUUCAAACCGUCACUACUGUUCGUGAUUUCACUCAAGUUUAUGAUGCAUAUGCACAAUUUGAAGAGUUAAGUUUGCAAAAAAGGAUGGAAUCUGUACAUGAAAAUAGUUCUGAAAAAGAUGAUUCUGAGAUUGAUUUGCGAAUGGCAAGAUUAGAAAAUUUAAUUGAAAGAAGAUUAUUAUUGUUAAAUUCAGUUUUACUGAGACAAAACCCACACAAUGUUAAAGAGUGGCUUAAACGUGUUCAGUUAUAUGAAGGUAAUGAUGUACAAGUUAUUAACACAUUUACAGAAGCUGUUGAAACAAUUGAUCCUCAAAAAGCUGUUGGACGUUUACAUACUCUUUGGGUAGAGUUUGCUAAAUUCUAUGAAAAAGCUAAUCAAUUAGAAGAAGCAAGGUUAGUCUUUAAAAAGGCUGUCAUGGUUCAUUAUGUGAAAGUUGAACACUUAGCUAGUGUUUGGUGUGAAUGGGUUGAAAUGGAAUUAAGACAUGAUAACUUUAAUGAAGCUAUGAAAUUAAUGAGGCAAGCAACUGCUAUGCCAUCAAGAAAAGUUGCUUAUCAUGAUGAUACUGAAACAGUACAAAUACGACUACACAAAUCUCUGAAGUUAUGGUCAUUAUAUUUAGAUAUGGAAGAAAGUUUUGGAACUGUCAAAUCUGCAAUGGCUUGCUAUGAUCGUGUUAUAGACUUACGAAUUGCUACACCUCAGACUAUUAUUAACUAUGGGUUAUUUUUAGAAGAAAAUAAUUAUUUUGAAGAAAUGUUUAAAGCAUAUGAAAAAGGCGUAGCUUUAUUUAAAUGGCCAAAUGUUUUUGAUAUAUGGAAUACAUAUUUAACUAAAUUUUUGGAUCGUUAUGGUGGGAACAAAUUGGAAAGAGCCCGUGAUUUGUUUGAAGAGUGUUUAGAAGGAUGUCCUCCACAAUUCGCUAAGUGCAUUUAUUUAUUGUAUGCUAAACUUGAAGAAAAACAUGGUUUAGGUAGACGAGCAAUGGCUGUUUAUGAAAGAGCAACUGAAGCUGUUUUACCAGAAGAGAAAUUUGAAAUGUUUAAUAUAUACAUUAAAAAAGCUGCAGAAAUAUCUGGUAUUCCUAAAACUAGAGAGAUAUAUAUGAAAGCUUUAGAAGUAUUGAAUAAUAAUAAUGCCAGAACCAUGUAUCUUAGAUUUGCUGAGUUAGAAACGAAAUUAGGUGAAAUUGAUCGUGCUAGAGCUAUAUAUUCUCAUUGCAGUCAAAUUUGUGAUCCUAGAAUAACUGAAGAGUUUUGGCAAACAUGGACCUCUUUUGAAGUAGCUCAUGGUAAUGAAGAUACACUUCGUGAGAUGCUUAGAAUAAAGAGAAGUGUUCAAGCCAUGUACAACAUUCAAGUAAACAUGAUGUCUGCUCAAAUGAUGUCAGCAAUAAAUGUUGAACCAGAAAAGAGUGGAAUGAAAUUAUUAGAAGAAAAAACGAUGGAAGAUAAAGCCAAGACACUGGAACCUAUUAAGUUUGUUCUUGGUAGUGAGCAAGAUCGCCUUCCAAAAACAGCUGUACAAAAUCCCGAUGAGAUUGAAUUUAGUGAUGACGAUUUAAUGACUAAUGAAGAUAAUGAUGAGGAUUUACCAUCAAAAAAAGAAGUACCUCAAGAACUUUUUGGUAAUCUUGGAGCAUUCACUGAAUAAUUCUAGAUAACUGUUUGAAAUUUUUUUUGUAAAUUUUUGUUGUAAAUUUUUUUUUUAAUAAUUAGAGAAAAGUAUCAGAUUUUAAAAUACAUACAAUAAUUUAUACACCA